CCUCAUCCAAAAGGAAAUCUUCGUCUAUGGUUCUGACUGACGCUCCGACAAGGAUGUCCCGGACCGACGAGGUGCACCGUAUAACGGAGAAUGUCUACAAGUCCAUCAUGGAGCAGUUCAACCCCUGCUUACGGAACUUCAUAGCCAUGGGGAAGAGCUACGAGAAGGCGCUCACCAGUGUCACAUAUGCUGCAAAGGGCUACUUCGACGCUCUGGUGCGGAUGGGCGAGAUGGCCAGCGAAAGUCAAGGCUCUAAGGAUCUUGAAGAGGCAGCAUGGGAGGUGCUCUUUCAGAUGGCUGAAGUGCACAGACAGAUCCAGAUCCAGCUCGAGGAGAUGCUGAAGUCUUUCCACAACGAGCUGCUCACGGAGCUGGAGAAGAAGGUCGAGCUGGACGCACGCUACCUGAAUGCUGCGCUGAAGAAGUACCAGAUGGAGCACAAGAGCAAAGGGGAGAGUUUGGAGAAAUGCCAGGCGGAGUUGAAGAAGCUGCGCAGGAAGAGCCAGGGCAGCAAACACCCGUCCAAGUAUGGAGACAAGGAGAUGCAGUACGUGGAGGCCAUCAGCAACAAGCAGAGCGAGCUGGACAACUACAUCGCCGAGGGCUACAAGAACGCUCUGUCUGAGGAGAGGAGGAGGUACUGCUUCCUGGUGGACCGUCAGUGUGCCGUGGCCAAGAACAGCAGCGCCUACCACGGCAAGGGUAAAGAGCUUUUAGCCCAGAAGAUCCCAGUGUGGCAGCAGGCGUGUGCUGAGCCCAACAAGCUGCCGGACCGUGCCAUGUUUCUGGCCCAGCAGAUGAGCGGCGCCGCGGGGACCCUUCCUCCUGGUGCUCAUCACCCCGGCAUGCCCAUCUCUGAGCCCAUCCCUGGUGCUAAACCCCUGCCGGUGCCUCCGGAGCUGGCGGCGCUCCGGGCCGGCGGGCCAAUGGGGCAACAGAGGCUGAUGGAGGGAGGGAUGCCGGUGAUGAACGGAACAGCCGGAGCCCACGGAGGAGACGACUACCAGCAGUGGAUGGAGGGAAAGAUCGCCCAGGGAAAGGCCUCGCCGCAGACCCAGCGGCACGGAGGGGAGGUUUACUCCAACACCCUGCCUGUCCGCAAGGUGGCCCCGGCCAAGAGCAAGACCCAGCUAACGGAGACCCGUACACUGCCCCGGUCCAGCUCCAUGGCUGCAGGCCUGGAGAGGAACGGAAGAACUCGUGUCCAGGCCAUCUUCUCCCAUGCAGCCGGCGAUAACAGCACCCUGCUGAGCUUCGCCGAGGGCGACGUGAUAACCCUGCUGGUCCCCGAGGCUCGCGACGGCUGGCACUACGGCGAGAACGAGAAGACGAGGAUGCGUGGCUGGUUUCCUUUCUCCUACACUCGGGUGAUUUCUGACAACGACGGCGACUCAAUGAGGCAACUGCGAGUACACAACCUCCACCACGGCAAAAGCAGCAGCACAGGCAACCUUCUAGAGAGGGAAGACAUGGCUCUGCCCGGCCCCGAAUACGGCAUCCACUCCCGUAUGGCAGCACAGAGCGCUGCAGCGCUGCACGGCAGACAGCAGCGCCCCUACAGCGUGGCGGUGCCAGGCUUCCCACAGCAAGCAGUGGAAGAGUACGAACCACGCUUCCCCACAAGCGCUGAUCCGCCCUGCGAGCCGGCCGUGGAGGCUCCGGCCAAACCGCCCCUUUCUGACGACGAGGAGGAAGUCGAGGAGGAGGAGGAUGACGAGCAGUUUGAUGAAGUUCACUACGACUCCCUGGAGAAGGCCUCGACUCCUCCGGGAGACUUCUGAUCCCUCCGUUCAGUUUGAAACCAGCUGCAGGUGGAACUCCGCCUCGGCUGCAAGGCUCUGAUUCAACCACAGUAUUACAAUAGAAAACGAAAUUAAAACCACUAAAUUUAACCAGGAAAUAAAUAAAGUGCAACACAUCAACAGUGGCUCUGUAUUAACCCUCUGAACCCCAAAACCUGCCGGCGGGUUUGAAAAGCUUUUUGAAAACUGCCAAAAUUGUACUUGUUGCCCAAAA